AUGCGGGCAUCUCUGGUGGCUAUCUUCGCUUGGGCUGUAGGUGCGGCGGCGAUCCUACGUGUUGUUCAAAAUGAAACUUAUAUCACACUUGCAAAUGAUCGCCUUACCGCCGUGCUUCAAAAGAGUGUCGGUCAGAUCGUUGAUCUCUCUUUGGAUGGCCAGGACUUAUUGGGUGUUCAGUCUGGGUCCACGGGAAUAGGACCAUAUCUUGACUGUUACUGUAUCCCCUCAGGUUUUUACACUGCUGGUGCUACGUCCCCGAGUAUGAAAGUAGUACAGGGGACAGAUUCAACCGGCACAAAAUAUGGAGGCAUGAUUUUGACUGAUACAUACACACCUACGGGGCAGCAGUUUCAGCAGUACUGGUUCCUACGAGACGGUGAGACCGGCCUACACAUGUUCAGCCGAUUAGCCUACCAUAACCAAACUACACCGUUCCUGCGCAAUCUACAAGAGUUUAGAACCUUGUUUCGCCCGAACACCGAUCUGUGGACACAUUUGACGUCUAGUGACGUUCAAACUGCGCCGCUACCAAGUAAAGAUGCAAUCUCCAAAGAGGUCGUUGUCCAAGAUGCGACUUGGACAUUCAAUAACACACCAACCGACUCAUACUACACCCAGUUCUCUGAUUAUUUUACCAAAUAUACGUUCUCAAAUCAAUGGAGAAACAACAGUGUUCAUGGUCUUUAUGCCGACGGUAGCACAUCAACAGGGGCUACGUACGGAGCAUGGUUGGUGAUGAAUACCAAGGAUACCUACUAUGGCGGUCCACUACAUUCUGAUCUGACCGUGGACGGGAUUGUUUAUAACUACAUCGUAUCAAACCACCAUGGCGAGGGCACACCAAAUAUCACCAAUGGAUUCGAUCGAACAUUUGGUCCGCAAUUUUAUCUUUUCAAUGGUGGCAAAGGCUCGGCCUCACUCCAGGAGCUGCGAUCAGAGGCAGAGGAAUUAGCGAAUCCGCACUGGAAUUCUGCAUUCUAUGACUCUAUUGCCAAACACGUCGUUGGAUAUGCUCCCUCCAGCCAAAGAGGUAGUGUCAAGGGGACUGUGAAGCUCCCUAAAGGCGCUGUCCGCCCAAUUGCUAUUUUGACUGUUGACGGUCAAUACUUCCAGGAUAAUAGUGUGGUUCCAAGUUCUUAUCAAUAUUGGACAGAUAUCAAUCAAGAUGGAAGCUUCGGCAUUGAUCGCGUGAAAGAAGGCAAAUACCGCCUCACUGUAUACGCAGAAGGUAUCUUUGGUGACUUUGUCCAAGACGGAAUCAUCAUUCGGGCAGGAAAGCAGACUGCAGUACAGACAAUGUGGAAGCAGGAGUCAGCGGGAACCGAGGUUUGGCGGAUUGGAGUUCCUGACAAGUCUUCUGGGGAGUUCCGACGCGGCAAUGCCAAAGACUCCACACAUCCCCUCAGCCCUCCUGAAUACCUCAUCUAUUGGGGUGCUUAUGAUUGGCGCGCCGACUUCCCUAAUGGUGUGAACUAUACGGUUGGUGUUAGUGACCCUGCUGUGGACUUGAAUACGGUCCACUGGUCUGUCUUUGGUCCUACAGCAAAGGACUCCCACAUUGAAUACGACACCACAAAUGACUGGAACAUCCGCUUCACGCUCACAGAGAAGCAACUAAAGAAGCAAAAGACCGCCACUCUUACCUUGCAACUGGCGGGUGCGAAGACUGCAGCAGGCAAUACAGAUGUAUGGAAUUCCGUCGAGCCGUACAACAAUCUGUCUCUGGAAAGUUACAUCAAUGACCAGAAAGAUCCCCUCACCUUCGUCAUUGGAUUCAAUCAAUCAAGUAGCUGCAUUGUGCGAUCCGCAGUAAGCUGCUACCAGGUUGGGUCAAGAAUGCAAUUUCCCGCAAAUUGGUUGAAGGUUGGAGACAAUCUGCUGCGCUUGCAUUUGCCUCACAACGCAACCGAUACAGAGACCGCAAUUCUCCCGGCAACUGUUUACGUUCAAUACGAUGCGAUUAGACUUGAGCUGAAGUAG